AUGGUUGAUCCGGUGAAGAUGAAGGAGGAAGCGGUGAGGGGACGAAGGGGAUCAGCUAACCCUAAAUGUAAUGGAUGUGAAUGUGAAUUGGGGGAGAAGGAGAGGGAUAGAGAGAGAGAUGGGAAGAGGAGAAAGAAAGGGAGAAAGGAGAGGAGCGGAGGCACUUCAAAUCACAAAUUGUUGGGUUUGAAAUUGCCGGUGGGUGUUAUGGGUUGUAUAUGCUCCAAAGCAAAAUCCCCAGUCGAAUACACUAAUCAAAGCCAUUCCAAAGAUUUGAAGGCCGAAGCGUCCUCCAACACCAACCAUUUCGGAGACACUACUAGCCUCGUAUCCAAUGCAAAUGAUAAAUCAAAUUCAAAUGCAACUGAAGAAGAUGCCGUCACCCCAACUUAUUUGAAUCAACUUCAACAACUUAAAGGGGACAAGAAUGCCAAUGGGAAUGGGGUGGGAUCAACCACAAAAGCACAACAACCUAAGAUUUGUAGGGUGUAUAGUGUGACCAGAGGGGAAAGAGGAGUACAGGUUCUUGCAGGUUGGCCCUCUUGGCUCACGGCAGUUGCUGGUGAAGCCAUUAGUGGUUGGAUUCCUCGCAGGGCUGAUUCUUUUGAGAAGUUGGAUAAGGCAAGAACUUACAGCAGUGUUUAUAAAGCUCGUGACCUUGAAACAAAUAAAAUUGUUGCAUUGAAGAAGGUCCGAUUUGCUAAUAUGGAUCCAGAAAGUGUUCGUUUUAUGUCAAGGGAAAUAAUUGUGCUGCGUAGGCUUGAUCAUCCUAAUGUCAUGAAGCUUGAGGGCAUGAUUACUUCAACGGUCUCUGGUAGCUUGUACCUUGUCUUCGAAUAUAUGGACCAUGAUCUUGCAGGCCUUGCAGCAAUACCUGACGUCAGGUUUACCGAAGCACAGAAGCCAGAUACGGAAUGGAUUGCUAAAUGUCUGUUUAUAACAAAAGCACCAUUUUUUUUGUUGUUGAAUUUUGAUGAGUCCAAAGCACUGUAUCUGCUGGAGUCCUAG